UUUCCUGACUUGCCCACGGACCGGUUCUUCAAAGCUUGGCGGGAGGCCGCUGCAGCCGCCAUUCACCAAGCUUGGGCGGACACAACGAUGCUGCUACAUAUGGGGACCGAGGCGAACGCGGCAUACCUGCCCAAAUAUAACACGAUGUUCAUCCUUCCAUCAGCACUGCUUCCCAACUUGCUUUUCACUGAAGGUCCUGCUGCCUUCAACUACGGUAGCAUGGGCAUGAUUAUGGCGCACGAGAUGAUGCAUGGCUACGACGUCGACGGUUCCCAGUAUGACGAGAACACCAAGCAGCGGCAUUGGUUCUCGCCUGAAUCAACCGAGCACUACGUGAACUGGACGCUCUGCUUGCGGGAAUACCACAAGAAUGUCCUCCAGCGAAGGCAAGUCUUAAACGAUACGGUAGACUCGGAGAAUAUCGCCGACUUAGGGGGAACACCGAUGGCAUACUCUGCGUUUACGUCACUGCCCUCAUCAAAGAGAGAUACCAUGCUGCCAGGCGUUGCCAUGACAGCGGACCAGCUAUUCUUCAUCGGCUAUUGCACCCCAUGGUGUGAGAAACAAACAACGGAAUCACCGCCCUGGCUCUCUGGCCGCCAUCGCUACCCACCUCGCCGCUCCCGGUGCAUCGUGCCACUUAUGAACAUGCCCGAGUUCUCGGACGCAUUCCACUGCAAGCAGGGGUCGUACAUGAACCCACCAAACAAGUGCAUGCUCUGGACUUGAAAGCGGAAGCACCGACGCGUUCAUUGUGCCAUUCUUUAUUUGUCGUUGUAUAAACAUUCAAGGUUCUUUCGCCAGUCUGGCAGAUAAGUUUACUAGAAGAGCUUUUUGUGCAUGUCUGCUGAUGCACUCGCGAGCGUCUGUUUAUUCUUACGCAGCUGCUUGAAAAACGGAAAAGUGUCGUGAUAGCUCUCACUGUGGUGGCAAUAGCGACAAUACUUGUCCAACGCAAAGAUGUCAUGUCUUGUUUUAAAAGCUCUCUUACAACAUUAGGUCAUAUUAUUUUCCCGCUAAUUUCAAAAAAGAGGUACAAGUGAGGGAAAAGUCGUCUUCUUGGGGUUUGAGAUAUCGAAUGUCUGCGCGGCAAAGGAAACUAACGGAUUCGAAAUGUUCGCACGUUCUCAUAGAGCAAAGGCUAAUGCGGCAAGCUCGCGGAGACAAACACGCAAAAUAGAAAUGCGACAACCUAAAAAAGAAGUGUACAUUACAACAAAAAAAAAAGAAAACCAAAGCAAUACUAGAUCUGAAAUUUGGCUUAAUCCAUGAACGUGCACGUAAUUAUGCCUGUGAGCUUCCGGCGUUUAGACAGCGCGGCAUGCCCUGGGACGAUCUUUUAAUUGUUACGUCGCUAAUGCAUCGCUGCAUUUUCUAAAGUACUAAAAUGCGCCUUUAACAGUUUCUCGUUCAGACCUGGGUGAACAGUCGUUCAAACUGUGGUGUUGUCGCUAUCAUAAUAUUCCACGUCCUUGUGUCCACCGUUGUAGAAGCCACGCAAGACCUUGUUCUUCUUUAAUUGG